GAAGCAAAUUGGCUGCCUGGGGUGCAGGAGGGACAGGUGGUGCAGGCUGUCCAGGAAACAUACCUGAACGGGAAGGGGUCCCAGGAAGGAGAGGGACCCCCUGAGGGGUACAGGACUCGGAGGCGCAGGCGGAGGAGAAGGUGGUAACUUGUAGGCCACCUGCCCGGCACCUGCAUCUUUCUAGUGCCAAGGGGAGCGCAGGAUGUAGGGGUUUAGGGAGUGGGGAGCAGAAGAACGCCGUGAACCUGAGAGCUUCAGAAGCCACUGCCUGAGGACAGGCAGUGGCCCGCACUAUCCUCUUCUGCUACCUCAGCCUGAGCAUCAUCGAAGCUGUGUCUGCCGGGAGGCAGCGAAAGUUGACAGGCAGCGGCUGGGCAGCAGCAGCAUGCAGCCAGAGGAGGGCACAGGCUGGCUGCUGGAGUUGUUGUCCGAGGUGCAGCUACAGCAGUACUUCCUGCGGCUCCGCGAUGACCUCAAUGUUACCCGCCUGUCCCACUUUGAGUAUGUCAAGAAUGAGGACCUGGAGAAGAUUGGCAUGGGCCGGCCUGGCCAGCGGCGGCUGUGGGAGGCUGUGAAGAGGAGGAAGGCCAUGUGCAAACGCAAGUCGUGGAUGAGCAAGGUGUUCAGUGGAAAGCGGCUGGAAGCUGAGUUCCCCCCUCAUCACUCUCAGAGCACCUUCCGGAAGACCUCGCCCACCCCAGGGGGCCCAGCAGGGGAAGGGCCCCUGCAGAGCCUCACCUGCCUCAUCGGGGAGAAGGACCUGCGCCUCUUGGAAAAGCUGGGAGACGGCUCCUUUGGCGUGGUUCGCAGGGGCGAGUGGGACGCUCCCUCGGGGAAGACGGUGAGUGUGGCUGUGAAGUGCCUGAAGCCUGAUGUGCUGAGCCAGCCAGAGGCCAUGGAUGACUUCAUCCGGGAGGUCAACGCCAUGCACUCACUUGACCACCGAAACCUCAUUCGCCUCUACGGUGUGGUGCUCACACCACCCAUGAAGAUGGUGACAGAGCUGGCACCGCUGGGAUCGUUGUUGGACCGGCUACGUAAGCACCAGGGCCACUUCCUCUUGGGGACUCUGAGCCGCUACGCCGUGCAGGUGGCUGAGGGCAUGGGCUACCUGGAGUCCAAGCGCUUUAUUCACCGUGACCUGGCUGCCCGCAAUCUCCUGUUGGCUACCCGAGACCUGGUCAAGAUCGGGGACUUUGGGCUGAUGCGAGCACUGCCCCAGAAUGAUGACCAUUACGUCAUGCAGGAACAUCGCAAGGUGCCCUUUGCCUGGUGUGCCCCUGAGAGCUUGAAGACACGUACCUUCUCCCAUGCCAGCGACACCUGGAUGUUUGGGGUAACGUUGUGGGAGAUGUUCACCUAUGGCCAGGAGCCCUGGAUUGGCCUCAAUGGCAGUCAGAUCCUGCAUAAGAUUGACAAGGAGGGGGAGCGGCUGCCCCGGCCGGAGGACUGCCCCCAGGACAUCUACAAUGUCAUGGUCCAGUGCUGGGCUCAUAAGCCAGAGGACAGACCCACAUUUGUGGCUCUUCGAGACUUUCUGCUGGAGGCCCAGCCCACUGACAUGCGGGCCCUUCAGGACUUUGAGGAACCAGACAAGCUGCACAUCCAGAUGAAUGAUGUCAUCACUGUCAUUGAGGGAAGGGCUGAGAACUACUGGUGGCGUGGGCAGAACACGCGGACGCUGUGUGUGGGGCCCUUCCCUCGCAACGUGGUGACCUCCGUGGCUGGCCUGUCAGCCCAGGACAUCAGCCAGCCACUGCAGAAUAGCUUCAUUCACACGGGGCAUGGCGACAGCGACCCCCGCCACUGCUGGGGCUUCCCGGACAGGAUCGACGAACUGUAUCUGGGAAACCCCAUGGACCCUCCUGACCUGCUAAGUGUGGAACUGAGCACCUCCCAACCCACUCAGCAUCUGGGAAGGGUGAAAAGCUCCGUCCCGGCCAGGAGCCUCAGCCAUCUCCCGGAUCCUGCGCCUGCCAUCCCAGCACACGGUUCCCCUUCCUGCCGCCCCACGGCCUCCCAUGUGCUGUUGGAGCCAACCUAUGACCCUGUGAGCGAGGACCAAGACCCCCUGUCCAGCGACUUCAAGAGGCUGGGCCUGCGGAAGCCAGGCCUGCCCCGAGGGCUGUGGCUGGUGAAGCCCGCAGUCCGAGUGCUGGGCACCAAGGCAGGCCGCAGCAGCGGGGCUGAGGUCACACUCAUCGACUUCGGUGAGGAGCCCUUGGUCCCGGCUCCACGGCCCUGCGCGCCCUCCCUGGCACAGCUGGCCAUGGACGCCUGCUCCUUGCUGGACAAGACCCCGCCACAGAGCCCCACGCGGGCGCUGCCCCGGCCGUUGCAUCCCACACCUGUGGUGGAUUGGGACGCACGCCCGCUGCCCCCACCCCCUGCCUACGAUGAUGUGGCCCAAGAUGAGGAUGACUUUGAGGUCUGCUCCAUCAACAGCACCCUGGUGGGCGCGGGGGUCUCCGCUGGGCUCUGCCACGGUGAGACCAAUUACGCCUUUGUGCCUGAGCAGGCGCGGCUGCCCCCUCCCCUGGAGGACAACCUGUUUCUCCCCCCUCAGGGGGGGAGCAAGCCACCCAGCUCCGCCCAGACCACAGAGGUCUUCCAGGCCCUGCAGCAGGAGUGCAUGCGACAGCUGCAGGCCCCGGCCGGCCCACUGGCCCCCUCACCCAGCCCAGUGGGCGAUGACAAGCCCCAGGUGCCCCCUCGGGUACCUAUCCCCCCUCGGCCCACGCGCCCACGUGCUGAGCUGUCUCCGGCCACCUCAGGCGAGGAGGAGAUGGGUCGGUGGCCUGGACCUGCCUCCCCUCCCCGGGUGCCUCCCCGGGAGCCCCUGUCCCCUCAAGGCUCAAGGACCCCGAGCCCCCUGGUGCCACCUGGCAGCUCCCCGCUGCCAUCCCGGCUCUCGAGCUCACCUGGGAAGACCAUGCCCACCACCCAGAGCUUUGCCUCAGACCCCAAGUAUGCCACGCCCCAGGUGAUCCAGGCCCCUGGCCCACGGGCUGGGCCCUGCAUUCUGCCCAUCGUCCGUGAUGGCAAGAAGGUCAGCAACACCCACUACUACCUGCUGCCUGAGCGCCCGCCCUACCUGGAGCGCUACCAGCGCUUCCUGCGGGAGGCCCAGAGCCCUGUGGAGUCGGCCCCUCCGCCUGCAUCCCUGCUGCUGCCCCCACCCUGCACCCCGGCCCCUGCCGCCCCCACUGCCACCGUGCGACCGAUGCCCCAGGCUGCCUCAGACCCCAAGGCCAACAUCUCCAGCAACAACAAUAACCCAGGGGCCCGGCCACCGGCCCUGAGGGCCACUGCUCGGCAGCCACAGAGGGCCUGCCCUGGGGAUGGGCUGGAGUCUGGGCGGCCCGCAGACAAGAUCCAGACGCUGCAGGCCAUGGUGCAUGGGGUGACCACGGAGGAGUGCCAGGCGGCCUUGCAGAGCCACAGCUGGAGUGUGCAGAGGGCUGCCCAGUAUCUGAAGGUGGAGCAGCUCUUUGGGCUGGGACUGCGGCCGAGGGGGGAGUGCUACAAAGUGCUCGAGAUGUUCGACUGGAACCUGGAACAAGCCGGCUGCCACCUUCUGGGCUCCUGUGGCCCUGCCCACCACAAGCGCUGAGAUGCAUCUGCAGAGCCAGAGGGCCUGCCCUGAAGGAAUCACUUGAGCCUAUCCAUCUGCCAAGGGCGGGGUGAUGCCCCCACAGAGGCCUGGAGGACCUGCUGCCACUUCUGCUCCUGUGGACAGCGAGGCCAAGGCAGCAGGAGGCCAGGAGCCCUGCCUUGCCUGUCCCUCCUGCACCCAGUGCUGUCCCUGCACACUUUGGUUCAGCCCUUGAUGCCCAGCCAUGCUGUGGGAAGGAGCCCUGUGAAGGCAGGCGCUGUGUGUGACCUGCCUCUGGCUCCAGCCCAAGGCUGGGCCUGUGGCUGGAGUGGUGUCCCCAGUCCCUGCCCAGGGGGACCAGACUGAGAGGAGACCAGGCUUGACCUGGGCAGGGAGGAUGUGUUGGCCACAGAGAAAGGUGGACCAGCACCCAGUGGGCCCUCCUCAGGGCUGGGCCCUUUUCAGGGAGCCCCUGGCAGGCAGUUGGGGUGUCAAACAGAAUGUGAGCUAUGGCCUCACCGAGGACAUGUUAUGAGACUUGGCUGGUCUUAGAAUCUUGUGCCUGGAAAUAGCCUGAGGUGGCUCGGGAAGCAGGGAAAGGGUGCCAGACCAUUCUCUGGCAGGGACCAGGGCCCAAGGCCCCAGGGCUGGAAGGAGACCAAGGGGGCAGCUGCCCUGGAGGGACAUUAGUGCUUCCUCUUUGACCCCAACUCUUCCCCUUGUGCUGUUCCAUGUUUUUCCACCAGCCUCUGUUGCCAAAGUUGCUGCCCUAGCUGUCGGUACCUGCUUCUUCCAGAGAAAUAAAAUUAGUUUCUAUUUUAUGUUA